AAGCAGGAAAAGUUGCAGCUGGAAGCAGCAACAGAUAAAUUCAGGAAGCUGCAGAGACAGAGAGAGAGAGAGGGGAGUGGUGGAGAAGUAUUUGCGGAGGAGGAGGUCGACACCGGGGGGGAGGAGGAGGUUUCACUCCCCUCAGCUCCUCUCAGUUUCUCAGGAUUUCCCUCCCUGGACGCUGCUGCUGCUCUAAGUGCCUUCUCUCCAGGACCAAACUCUUCCAUAUCUGGACCUGGAUUUGGACAAACGGUGACAAACAGGACGGAGACACGAAGCCCAAACCGAACUAUCAGCAGCUGAGUUCAGUCUGAAAGGUGUCUGCUGUGAGUGAAAAGUGGAUGAUCUAAAACAUCACAGUUCUCAUAAGUAAGCCUGAUCAGUCUGAUUAUUCCCACAGAGGAGCCUUUUUCACAAAACUCUGCUCGUUCCAUCUGGACUCAGGGGUCUGUUUUGUUUGGAUGCCGCUGACUCCAGAAGGUCAGAUUGCACUCAGCUCCCAGAUAAAGUAUUUACAGCAUGUUGUUGCUCCACAGCUGAGGUUUUAGAAAUUGCUCAUGUGGUUAGCGGAUAUAAUGGGGUAAUUUAUUUCUGAUUGCUAAUGUUGUUUUGCCGUUUUUUAUGGCUUGGAAGAUGAGAAGACUCGUGCAAUUUCGGGCUCUGCUCUCGCAUGUUGUGUUCAACGAGUCAGUCGCUGAAACUUUCUCCAGGCUCACGGGAGCAGAAUCCUGAGAAUGGACAGCGAGGCUUCACCACAUUGUUUGCUUUCCCCGAGUGAUGAUUUCAUCUAAAACCAAGAUGUGAUUUAUUAGUUAUUAAACUAUGACGUGAGGACUGAUCGUUUAGAUUACGAGGCUGUGGAGAAACUUGUGUCUUUGCCAGUGUGAGCUGAGGAAAGUCUGGGAAGCGACUCUGACCGUCCCCUUUAAUGCACCGGUGAUGAACGGCUCGUGACACGGCCCCCAUUUUCCCUCAUGGGUCCAGCGAGGGAGGUUUUCCAUAUAUGUCGGCUUCUACAUAUUUUCCACUUGGGAAUCGGUGUUGACAUUAGAGCAGCCUUCGUCCAGCUCGCUGGCCUGGUUCUCAUGCUGUGUCCUGGGCCUGGAAACAAACUCAUGCAGUCCCCCAACAGCCAGACUGAUUCUAUCUCGGCUCACCUCUGUUGAAAACACUUGUUGUUUGGCGAGAGCGGCCUUCCCUUUUUCGUCUCCCAGGCCUUUCGCGUGCAGGUUUUGUGGCCCUGAGCGGCCUCCUCCUCCUGCUGACCUGCAGUCAUGGGGAUCCAGGGCAUGGAGCUGUUUGCCAUCGGCGUCGUCAUCAUCCUUUUCAUGGCGGUUCUCAAGCAGUUUGGCAUCCUGGAGCCCAUGUCCUCGUUUGAAGAUGACAGCAGCGACAGCGACCUGGAGCUGUCCACGGUGCGUCACCAGCCGGAGGGUCUGGAUCAGCUGCAGGCUCAGACUAAGUUCACCAGGAAGGAGCUCCAGUCUCUGUACCGAGGGUUCAAGAACGAGUGUCCCAGUGGGCUGGUUGAUGAGGAGACAUUCAAGACCAUCUAUUCUCAGUUCUUUCCCCAAGGAGAUGCGACCACCUACGCUCACUUCCUGUUCAACGCGUUCGACAUCGACAGGAACGGCUCGAUCCGCUUCGAGGACUUUGUCAUCGGCCUGUCGGUGCUGCUCAGAGGCUCGGUCACCGAGAAGCUCAACUGGGCCUUCAACCUCUACGACAUCAACAAGGACGGCUACAUCACCAAAGAGGAGAUGCUGGCGAUUAUGAAGUCGAUCUACGACAUGAUGGGGAGGUACACGUACCCCUGCGUGCGGGACGAAGCGCCGUCCGAACACGUCGACAAGUUCUUCCAGAAAAUGGACAAAAACCGAGAUGGCGUGGUGACCAUCGAGGAGUUCAUCGAGACCUGUCAGAAGGUGACUCACUUUUUCACCCAAACCCGUGAACACAUGUAGUUUACAG